AUGCCGUGGCAUAAUUCAAGUGGCUGGGACUAUGACUUGAACAAAUCCGACUCUUACGACCCUCUUCGGACACAGACGAACGUCAACGCAACAGCAACACCAUCUAUUUUCUACGAAUUACGCAAGCAGAGCCAGCACCGCAAGAGGAACAACAUGAUUACUCCAGAGACCUCGCCACGCUCUCAUAAGCGCCGCCGCUCGGAAGACGAACCAGAGCGCAAGCCGGUCGAUGAUCAAGGACUCGAGAAGGAGCGCAACGAAGAUAUGCCCGCCUUCGUCAAACGCAUCAAAGACAACAAGGGCGACAUGAUCCCAGUGUACAUCGAGAAGAAUGAGGAGCCAGUGUUUGUUCAACGCGCCUUCCUGUCUCGAAUCUCACCCAAGAUCAAGAAGAAGAUUGAGCAGAACAUGGGAGAAGAUGGAACACGCAACCUACACCUCGAAGCACCUGCACCCGUCGUCAAGCUCUUCCUCUUCUGGCUCUUUCACGAUCGCGUACCAUCCUUCAAAGACCUGUCCGACCUCACGCCACCCGACACAAGCGACUAUGAGACACGUGAGCAGUAUCAGAUCAUACUCAUCAAGGCAUGGGUGUGGGCCAACGACAAGGAGCUUCCAGCCAUGCAGAAUGCUAUCAUGCGCCACUUCUUCGACGAGAUUGACGUCCAAUUCUUAAGUGAGGACGUCUUGCAGGAAGGACUACUCAAGACUCGAGCCGGGAUGCGCAUGCGCAAGGCCCUCCUAGAGGAGCUCGUCUGGCUGGAAGACCAUACAAUUAUCGAAGAUGACGACGAUGACGAUGGCAACCUAUUGGAGCAUUUGAACGUCACCUAUGUGUAUGGCUUCGACCAAGACUGUGAGGAGGCCAUCGAAGCGUGCGAGAAAAGUUGCAAGAAGAGAGGCACUGCAGGUGACUAUCUUGUCAAAGAGGCAUGA